GCACCCGGCUGCGCGCAGUCCGACACCAGCCAGCCAGCCAGCCCGCCACCUCCGCCGCCUCCGCCCUCCGCCGCGGGACGCGCUCUAGUCGCCACCGGACCACAGCUGGCUCCGCCGCCUCUCUCUAUCUCUAUUUCUGUCUGUCUAUUCGACUGUCUGCGCCACCGCGAAGAUGUCUGCGUCGCCCGUCGCCCGCCAGGCCACCCAGAGCCAGGUCAUCCCGUCGCGCAAGGUGCUCCUGAGCGACCCGGCGCAGCUGCCCGCCGACUACGCGUCCACGCCCGGCGGCACCCUCUACUCCACCACGCCCGGAGGCACCCGCAUCGUGUACGAGCGCGCCUUCCUGCUGCAGCUGCGCCACUCGCCGCUGGCGCGCACGCCGCCCAAGAACAUUCCCAGCGCGCUCAUCCGCGGCGCGUCCCACGACGACUCCGCCAAGGAGAACAUCGACUAUUGGUGGAAGAGGAUGAGAACCAGGACCAGUUCCAGUUGGAGAUGUAGGCCGAGGGCAGGCCGCAUUAGCACUUCCCUGGGACAGGCCGUGGAUGGGGAUGCAACCUGCCACUGCCUCAAGUCAUUAAGACUGUUGUGUUUUUACUCUCAUUGUCCACUUGCCUCCUUUUGAGAGGUACCAGCAUUUGCUGUUGUCUUAAGAUUUACAAUUUUUGAAACUAUUUGUCUGCUGUUUCUGUGUUAGAUUGUUGAAUCAUCUUAAGCAAUACAAAAGUAGAGAAUAUGGACAAGUGAAGUGUUUCUCUGAACUACUUUUGUUUUUGAGACUGUUGUCUCAAUAAUCUUAGUCAUUCUGAAGCAGAUUGUUUCAUCGGAGUAUAGGAAUGGUUCGGACAAAAUUUGUUCUGGAUUUUGGAGGAGUCUCUUAGACAGUUGAUUUUGGAGGAUUAAGUAUUGGUGUGUCAUUGGUGCUUUUUUAAGAAAAAAGUACAAAGAAAUUGUAAGGCAGGUGUUGGCAUCUGAAAUAUGCCUUCCAGGUUGUUUUAUCUAAAACUUGGAACACUUGAAGAAAGAAUUUCUUUUUACAUUAAGUUUUUUUUAAUUGACUGCUUUGUAAUAACUAUCUAAAGAAUAAAUUUAUUCU